UUAAAAAAACAUGGCGUCGCAGUGUGGUCUGCGAUUUUCCUUACGGUGGUGUGUUUUGGUGUGAAACAUAGCGUAGUCUCCUUUAAUUUUUGCUUCGUCGUGCGGGAAGGAUGUAGUUGUUGUAGCUGGUAUUCCUCGUCAUACUUUUUUUGUGACUCCUAGUGCUUUCAAACCAACGUCAACACAACAUUCAAGCAGCAUUAUGACGACGGACAAAAUCAAGGUAGCCGUCCGGGUACGGCCCAUGAACAGGAGAGAGGUGGACCUCGGAGCGCAGUGCGUGGUGGAAAUGAAAGAAGGACAGACUGUCCUGUGCAACGCCUGUAAAACAGAAGGACGGAAACACCCCAAGACGUUUGCCUUUGAUCACUGCUUCUGGUCUUUCAAAGAAGAAGAUGCGCAUUAUGCGAGCCAGCAGAAAGUCUACGAAUGCUUAGGGACGGAUAUCUUGGACAAUGCCUUUCAAGGCUACAAUGCCUGUAUAUUUGCCUACGGACAGACUGGUUCCGGAAAAAGCUAUACCAUGAUGGGCAGUCAAGACAACAAGGGAAUAAUUCCGAGGCUAUGUGAUUCCUUGUUUGAGAGGAUAGCUCAGAGCACGGAUCCUUCUGUUUCCUACAAGGUAGAAGUGUCCUACAUGGAAAUCUACAACGAAAAAGUCCACGACCUUCUGGACCCCCGUGGGGGAAAGCAACACCUAAAAGUGAGGGAACACAACAUCCUAGGCCCUUACGUCGAUGGUCUCUCAACGCUGGCAGUUUCAUCGUAUGAGGAAAUCAACAACCUGAUGACAGAAGGCAACAAGUCUCGAACCGUCGCUGCCACCAAUAUGAACAGCGAGUCGAGUCGAUCGCAUGCGGUCUUCAAUAUUAUUCUCACAUGCUCCGUCACAGACCUGCAGUCUGGGGUGUCUGGAGAAAAAGUGUCCAAAAUGAGCCUAGUCGAUUUAGCGGGAAGCGAGAGGGCCGUCAAAACGGGUGCGAUUGGCGAGAGGUUGAAGGAGGGAUCCAACAUCAACAAAUCCCUCACAACCCUGGGUCUGGUGAUCUCAAAGUUGGCGGACCAAUCUUCGGGCAAGGCCAAGGAUUCCUUCGUUCCUUAUCGAGACUCCGUCCUCACGUGGCUGCUUCGGGACAACCUAGGAGGCAACAGCCGUACUGUCAUGGUGGCCGCCAUCAGUCCAGCAGCGGAUAACUACGAGGAAACUCUGUCGACGUUACGCUACGCGGAUCGAGCCAAGCGUAUCAUCAACCACGCCGUCGUCAAUGAAGAUCCGAAUGCUCGCAUCAUCCGGGAGCUCCGGGAGGAAGUUGAGAUGCUUCGAGGACAACUGAAGUUUGCCUCGACACCAGAAGGCCUGAACGAACGUCUAAAAGAGUCUGAAACAUUGAUGAAAGAGAUCUCGCAAACAUGGGAAGAGAAGUUGAGAAAGACUGAAAAAAUUCACCAGGAAAGGCAGCAAGCGUUAGAGAAAAUGGGUAUAUCAGUGCAGGCAUCGGGAAUCAAGGUGGAAACAAACAAGUAUUACCUCGUCAACCUCAAUGCAGACCCUUCUUUAAACGAGCUGCUCGUCUACUACAUGAAGGAACGAACACUGGUAGGUCGUCCGGAUGCUCCAGCGGAGCAGGACAUCCAGCUGAGCGGUUUGGGAAUUAUGCCGGAACACUGCAUCAUCACUAUUGAGGGCCAUGAAUUGUACAUAAUGCCACAUGAGGGCGCCAGGACAUGCGUGAAUGGCUCCGCCAUUUCAACAAAGACUCAACUCCGUCACGGUGAUCGUCUGCUUUGGGGCAACAAUCACUUUUUCCGGGUCAACUGCCCAAAGAUCAGCGGGACAGGUGGCAGCGAAACUCCCGUGCCCGAUCGGCCAAUCGACUACGAAUUUGCUCGGGAAGAAAUUAUGAUGAAGGAGCUCGGUAAUGACCCCAUCCAGACGGCAAUGAGAUCGCUUGAGAAGCAACACGAAGAAGAUAAACACAAUGCACUGGAGAAGCAGCGGCAAAUGUACGAACGGCAGCUGCAGCUGCUGCGCAACCAAAUGUCACCGUCUACACCCUAUGCCCCCUACUCUCCAUUUGAUCCCCUGGGAGUAAAAGUUACCCCGUCGGGACUUCCGAGCCCCAGCGUUGCGUCUAAGAUGGAACGCUGGGCAAAAGAGAGAGACGAGCUCUUCAAGACGAGCCUGGCCAAGCUGCGAGAAGACAUCAUUCGGGCCAACGAAUUGGUCCGUGAGGCGAAUUUUCUGUCUGAAGAAAUGGGAAAGCACACAGAGUUUAAAGUAACGCUGCAAAUUCCCGCUGCCAAUCUCAGUCCCAACAGAAAGCGCAGUGCAUUUGUGAGCGAGCCGGCCAUCUUGGUGAAAAGAAAGGGUCGAGGCAGCCAGGUGUGGUCCAUGGAGAAGCUGGAGAAUAAAGUGAUUGACAUGAGGGAGAUGUACGAAGAGCGAAAGGAACGCAACUUGCCCCUCAAGGAAGAAGGGAUACCUAAAGCAUCUGAUCCUUUCUACGAAUCGCAAGAAAACCACAACCUCAUUGGGGUUGCCAACGUGUUCCUCGAAGUUCUGUUUCACAACGUGAGGCUCAACUAUCAUGUCCCGAUCAUUAGCCAGCAGGGAGAGAUUGCAGGACGUCUCCAUGUUGAGAUAGGCAAAGUUGAUGGCGUCCUACCUGAUCGCGGGACCGACCUGGAUUGUUCACGGGGGUCGCUAUUGGAUGUGUCAGACGACUCUUCUAGUCGACAAAUAACCGUCAGGGUUUCCAUCAAGAGUGCUGUCGGUCUGCCACCAUCUCUGGCAAACUUUGUCUUCUGCCAGUACACCUUCUGGGCACAUGCUGAAGCCAUCGUGGUUGCCCCUGUCGUUGACCCUGAACCACAGCCCAUUCAAGUGUCUCCCGCACGUGGAGGAGGCGACACCGGCAUCACCUUCAAGUUCAGUCAUGUAAAGGAUUUUGUGGUUCCUGUGAGCGAAGAAUUCCUGGAACAUUGUGUGGAAGGAGCCCUCUCUGUUGAGGUGUGGGGUCACCGUAGCACCGGCUUCACGAGUCCCAGCGCCGCCUGGGAGCUCAACAGUGCACACAACCACAUCUCACACUCCUUGGUCGACAGGUGGGCGGAGUUGAAGCGCAAGCUAGAGCUCUGGUUGGAGAUCCACGAACUGAACGAACAAGGAGAGUAUGCACCAGUGGAGGUGGUUGCUAGGGGGGACGUAGGGACAGGUGGAGUGUUUCAACUAAGGCAAGGACAACAACGCCGCCUUGUGGUGAGGGUGGCCCCCGUUCAAGGCUCCGGCACCCUUCCCCUCAUCUGUCAACAAGUAGGCUCCGUGGCAGUUGGAGCUGUCUGUGUUCGCUCACGACUGCAGAAGCCACUGGACUCAUACCAGGAUGAUGAUUUAACCCUGCUAAGAGAGCGGUGGUGUGAUGCGUUGAGUCGCCGCCAGGAGUACCUUUGUGAGCAUCUCCAGAGGGUUACCAACAAGACCGUCAAGACGGAUGAAGACACGGAACGGGAAGAGAACCUAAUCGCCCAGUGGAUGUGUCUGACCGAAGAAAAAAAUGCUGUGCUGGCUCCUGCUCCAGGGUCAGACAUCCCAGGUGCACCUGCCAACUGGGAUCCGCCAGUCGGGAUGGAGAAACACGUUCCAGUCAUAUUUUUGGACCUCAAUGACGACAUGAGUGUACCAAACUCGGGGGAAAAUGGAAUUCAGCUGGCUGGGGCAAACUCCAUUCUUCCCAAAGAACACAGCAACACACUGUUCAACCUGCCGAUAGUCAAACUGUGUGAGAAAGAUGUAUGUGCGGUGGCAGUGUGGGACUCCUCCAUCCAUGAUUCGAUGCACCUCAACGCGUUGACAUCUCCCAACGACCGCAUCUACCUUAUCUUGAAAGUGUCCGUACGUCUGAGCCAUCCGGCAGUCAUGGACCUCAUCCUCCGUAAACGCUUUGCAAUCAACGUCUACAAGAAGCAGUCCCUCACAGAUAAGAUACGCAAGAAGAUCUCUCGACAGGAUGUCCACUAUGCUUCGGGUAUCAUGUACGAAAUAGUUGCCAGCAUUCCCAAGGCAUCGGAAGACCUUGAAGGGCGCGAAUCUCUCGCGCUCAUGGCAGCGGCAUCUGGUGGAGACGCUGGAACUAGUGACGGUGAAAGUUAUAUUGAGAAGUACAGCAAAGGGGUGUCGGCUGUCGAGAGCAUCCUCACACUGGAUCGGUUGCGACAGGAAGUAGCAGUGAAGGAACUUCUAGCAGCGCAAGGCCGACUACUUCGAAAGACUGCCAGUGUUCCCAACAUUGCUCAGGUGAUGCAUGGCGAUGCGUCGUGCGGCAUGGCGUCUUCUUCCCCUCGUCUGGACGAGGCACAGCGGUCGGACUCGGCGAUGAACCUCAGCUCUUCUUCGCUGAGUGAGGGGCUCGACCGUUUCCAGCAGGGCUUCCGCGACGUCCUCAGUGAGGGAAAGACUGCCGCCAUCCAGGGACUCGCACGACCAACAUUCCUGAACUUAAACUUCAACCUAAACUUGAGCCUCCGGCAAGCAACCGGCUCCAAAACUUCUCCGUUGUCGGGCAUCAGCCCGCAGCCGACUAAGUUUGUGAAGCCCAUGCGGACGGUGAUCGAAGAGCACAGGGAAGCACAACCACUUCUCGGAGGUGGUGAUAUGGAUGAGUCUUUGGAGGAAACGGUGCACAUUGCAAAGCCUUCAACGCCGGAGUUACAGGAUGCGGUGCGCAAAACGGAGCUGGCCAACACAAACAAUGAGACAGCCAGCGAAGAAGAGUUUACAGAGUUCAAGUCGUACUGGACCUCGGAAAAGGAGGACAGCACCCUGGACUCGAAAGCUGAGGGAGGAACGACGGACAAACGCCAGAAAAUACCACCUGCUAUGCACCAUUCCUCAACGAGCGAUAGCAUUACAGAAUUUCAAGCAAAAGUAAACAGUCCAAGCAUAGUAUCGAGUGGGUACGGAUCUCAAGCCUUCUCCACGACCCCGCUUUCGAGCGAAAAUUCCGGAUCGCUUCACAGUGUCUGCGGAGGAGAGGAAUCGAGCUCUCCCGAGCUAGAGAACGGACCGGCAUCUAUCAGGGAAGCACCGAUUGGUACCUCUGACAGUCACAGUGUAGUGCAAAACCUGAAGUCCGCCCUGCAACAGGAAGUCGCUCCAGCUGAUAAUAGCCACGAUGAAGAAAGUGCGGACGCUGUAGCUCCAGUGGCCAUUGAUAGUUCCUCAACAGUAGAAGAUAAAGGUGUUUGUGAUAAUGUGGAAAAGGACACAUGUGUGGUUGAAAAUGAUGAGGAUUGUACAGUGGAAGAUGAAAACUUGAAGAGGGAAUCGAAGGAUACUAUUAGCCUUACAUCGGUUGUGAAACGAAGACCCACCACAGGAGAGCGGCCAUGUCCGUCCCACCGACAGUCGUGUCCCGUUACGUCGGCGGAUCUGGACUUGCCGCACUCGUCGACCCUGACGGAGCAGGGCAUUCCUUCCGCGUCCUCUUCUGAAGAGAAUCUCUCCUCAAGCAUGCUAGGAGACGAAUCUUUUGAUAUAGGAAGUGAUUCAGCAGCCAUGGAGACCGUCCCCUCAUGGUUGACGGUAGGUGAGAGCGUUAUGAUCAGCCCCUACAACAAAACCGGCACAGUGAGCUACAUAGGUCCCACGCAGUUCUCACCAGGAGUCUGGGUCGGUGUCGAACUCGACACACCUACAGGCCGCAACGACGGCUCAGUGAGCGGAGUGCGUUACUUUGAGUGCAAGCCCAAGUUUGGUGUAUUUGUUCGGCCUGACAAACUGGUCCUGGACAAGCGUGGGCGACUGGUGCGUGCGGGGAGAGCUUCUACGGCCACCACGCAGCAGCAGGGCUCCAAAGGCAUGGUACGGGACAGCCCGAUGUCGCGCAGCACCAGCAACCUGCAGGUGUCCCGUAGCAAGGCCAUGGGAUCCACCGAGUGCAUGUCACGCCGAAGUGAGCCACCCACGCGACCCAAGACCUCGAUCUCGGCACGAACGCGCAAGUAAAACUCGUCUCUCCGCCCACCACCGACUUCUUUCUGACCCUGAGUGGCGACUUCCUCUGCCAUCUUUACAUAUAUAUAUAUAUAUAUUAUAUUUCUUCUAAUUUCUCCCGCCGAGGCUGUUGCAGGGUGCCGAAAACGACGACCACCUUCUAAGUCUCUCCGGAAAAGUUUAUGACGUGUUUUUGAGUGUGUGAGGGUACAACAUGACAGGGUGUGUGCACAUGGGUGUCAAGGAGCGUUCAUUUUGGGCAGUGUCCACAUCGCAGUGGUUGUGUGCAUGUUUCAAAAGUGUCACAGAAUGUGAUGUUGGGAUUCAGAGUGAUUCAGUUAGGCUGGCUCUCUUCAGUUCAGCGUUCAAAUAAUGGCCUGCCGUGUUACGUAGAACAUUUAGUCUAACGCGCUUUAACUGUUUUCUUUAAUUGAUGGCGGGUAGAUAUCUUCGGUGAUAUGUCACUUAAAUUUAAGCAAAAUUUUGAUCAACUGUGUCAACGUGUUGUCUGUCUUGAGAAUCUUCAACACUUUUACCUUCAGACUUUUACCGCAAUUGUCGUGACACACCGUAUUAUUCGGGCCACCUGACUCUUUCUUUUUUUACCAUAUUUCCGCCUGAUGAAACUCUCCCACGUUGACCUCCUCCCAACCAAUGUGGCAGUUCAUUGUCAUCACCAUCUCUAUCGAGGUUAUUUGCUGCACAAACUGUAUUAAGCAGCUGUAGAGAUAUCUCUACAUGGUGUUUGCUAGGACUUUGUUCUCUUUGUGUGGAUGUAUAGAGAAACAUUAUUAUGAAUUACGCCGUAGCCUACUUCACAUGUUUGACUGUGUGUGGUAGGUCAAAGAAAUGGAGAACAGGCCGCGCGUAUGUAAAAUUUUGCGUUUUGCAAGUAGAGUUGGCCGAAGCGACCGUGAUACGUCGUCCUAAUUUUUGUCCCAGUCCACGUGUGCUUGGGACAUUAUGAGAACACUUCUGUGAAGUUUAUGUAUCUUUGGCAUACUGCGCCCGUAUAGGUUGAAGAAAAAAAUGUUUUUGCGGA